CAGAAUUCAGGAAACGAUACCAGAAUGAUGAAGCAAGCACUCGUUGUCCUCGCCCUGGUGGCCCUCGCCUUCUCAGCUCCUCAAUCCAGGAAGCUAUUCCACGAACAUGUUGAAGACUUUUUGGACAUCAUCAUGGACGAGGCUGGUCAUGAAAUUGAACACCUCAAUGAACACUACCUUGAGUACGACGAGUUCUGGGCAGCUCUUGACUACAUUAGGACCAACAACUUCAAAGAUCUAGUCUACGAAAUGGAAUCGUUGCCUGAAUUUGUUGCUGUGAUCGAGUUCCUGGAACAAGACAACAUUGACAUCCACUACUUCAUUGACCUGUUCAACCAGAUGAUUGAAGGCAUCCAAGAGGUGAGGUCCGCUCGUCACUCCACAAGCGGCCGGGACUUCACUUCCUUCAUCAGGGACUGCAUCGACGCCUUCCCCAAGGCCAAACUGUCAGCUCUUUUCGACCAGAAGAUGGCUGAUGAUGAGGAGUUCAGCACUGCCGUCACCAACCUGAAGAGCGAACAGUGGGAUGCUGUCUUCUCCGCUCUGUGGGCUAACCCUGUCUUCCAAGCUGAGGUCGCCACCCUUGCCGAGAACGGCAUUGACGUCAAAGUCUUCUUGGACGAAAUUGUCGCAAUCUUUGGUCAAAACUAAGCUACGGAAUAGUGAACCUAUUUUGUAAAUACACCAUCCUAAAUGUUGUGAGCUCUUUUGAGUAAAGAAAAUCAUUUUGUAAUCUAUGAUCGCUACGAGUAUUAAUGUUGAAUAAAUUUUGUUAUAAUUGUCCCCAA